CAACAAUUAUUUAAUUGAGCGGCUAUGCCCGCCUCACAAAACGUCGAAUUCUUCUUUCAUUUCAAGCAAAGUUUGUCUAAAACCAGCUUUUCAAAAGUGCAAAAUCUUUAGCUUCUCAACUUCUGUAUUCCUUCUCCAUACAACGCAAUAACCAUGUCCGGCGAAAAACCAACCGAAGAACAAAUUGAAGACGUCAUCCUCUCUGCUCGAUUUGGCGAUCUUGAUGACCUUAAGACUUUUGUCGACACUUUUGGUAAAGAAGUUUUGGCCGAAGCGAGAGAUGAACGGGGAAACACUGUCUUACAUAUGUGCUGUGGUAAUGGCCAUCUCGAUGUCUUGGAAUACCUCCUCCCACGUUUACCUCCCUCGCUCCUUUCCGUGACCAAUGAAACCGGAUCCCCCGCUAUGCACUACGCUGUGGCGAACAAUCAUACCGAAUGUGUGAAGGCGCUUGUCAACUGGCCCGAGGAACAGGGAGGUGGUCUUCCGUUGUUGAAGCAAAAGAACGCUUCCGGCCGAGACGCUUUCCUUGAAUCCAUAUUCGCCGGUGAAGGCAAAGAAGAAGUUUCAGGUUGGAUCGAGGGAUACCUGUACAGGGUUGAAGGCGGAGAUGACGAGGAAGAAGGUGAAGGAGAGGGGAAGGAGAUCAAAAUGUCUGUAGGAGACGAGGUUGUUGAAGACGAGGCCGAGGUGGUUGAUGAGCUUGCGGAGAAGGCUGAGGCGCUUGAAGUCAAGGAUGAAAAGGAGAAGAAGAGAUCCAACUAGAUGCUAUAAUGUAUGUAUGUACAAACUCGGAUUUGAAUAUUUGG